GUGGCUUCACAUCCUUAGCUGGCAUUAAACGUAAACUACGCCGCUUGACACUGAAAAUAAAUCCCACCUGGUAAAGGAAACAAGAUGAUUGUCCAAGACCACGAGUCCCGGAACUUCAAUUUCACGAAUCGACCAAUUAAUCUAUACGUACGAUAAGUGCGUGUAAAACUGCUUGAUGUUCAAAGACACGCACAAAACGAGGCUAUUUGAGAGCUUGACAAUUGGAGAUGCGCCAACGCUUUCUAAUUAAAAUUCUGUGAAAUUGGUAGGCGAAUCGUAUAAAAGCCUCACAUAACGGGGAAAGCUAUUCUUUUAUCCUGACAGUUUAAAGAGGGGAUCGGUCAGUCCAGAAUUAAAAAAGGUUCACAAGUGUCAUUUAAAAUAGGAGUAAAUAUAAAAUGUGUAGAUCUAGGGUCUUGCUGGUCACAUUUGUAGUAGCUGUCGCUUUACAGUCCAUCUUAGCACAAGCACAACCAAAGUGCUCAUCUAUCUUGGAGACAAGUUGUACUUCAAAUGCAGAGUGCGCAUGUUCAGGCCCACGCACGUUUGUUUGUAACUACAAGAAUAAAUGCAACCGAAUAUCGAUUAUAGAUAUCAUGAGAAGACAGCGACCGUGUGCCAACAUAUUCAAGCAAUUUUGCAAUACAGAUGACGACUGUCCAUGUAAAAAAGCAAAAUAUGUCUGUGAAGAUAGGGAGUGUGUGAUGAGAGUCAAACCAAGACGUGAAAGUCAACAAUAAAUGUCAUUAAAGAUCCUUGCGCCUUAUAAA